AGAUAAAAACCGUUUGUCUAUCAUUAUUUCAAUUUUCAAAAUCAUUUAUAGUGACUUCUAGCUUCCUAGCAAAGUACUACGGUCUAAUAAUUAUUCCUACUUAGAGUGUUAUCGCCAAUUGGACGAUGCGGCGAUAAUGGUAAUUCAUAAUUAUCAUUCCUUAACCAUUCGGUAUAUAGUUAGUUAAACAAAGAACUAAUUUGUACAAAACAACUUGUUAUUGUACGUUUCGAGGCAGAAUUGUGUCAAUAUUUAAGUUUACACUUUUAUACUUGUUGGAUUACUGAACAGUUAACACCACAAACUAACUUUAUCAGAAAAAGCAAACUAUAUGAUGGCCUUUUUUAAAUCUAUUUGUUUUUCAGUUGCAAUAGCAGCAAUUAUCAUUCUAUCAUUAUCGGUUGUUAAUGGCAGUAAACGUAAAGCAGAUCAAGAUACCGAUAUUGCAAAUCAGCCAGCUCAAAAAAAACCACGAUUAGUUGAUAGUUGUAUUAGCGAUAACGAUACAACUGUACCACCAUCGCCUAAAAAUGGAGACGGUGUACAAACUAUCAUGCAAUCAGUUUCUUUACAAGACUUCGAUGCUUACUUAUCAGAGUACAUUGGAAACUCAACAAAUCUCGCAUUAUUACUGGACUACGACGGAACAUUAACUCCAAUCGUUUCACAUCCUGACUUGGCUACAUUACCCGUUGAGACUAAAAAUGUUUUACAAACAUUGGCCAAAAUGCCAAAUGUGUACAUAGCAAUAAUUUCGGGACGAGGCUUAGAUGAUGUUAAAAACAAGGUCGGUAUCGACGGUUUAACAUAUGCUGGUAACAGUGGUCUUGAAAUUCUCUUUCCCAACGGUACCAAUUAUGUACAUCCACUGCCCAAUGAGUAUAGAGAAAAAGUCACAGAAUUGUUAAAAUGUCUCCAAGAUCGGGUUUGCAAACACGGUGCUUGGGUAGAAAACAAAGGCACUAUACUGACUUUCCAUUAUCGUAAAGUACCAGAAGACCUCCGUGCCAAACUUGUGUCAGAAGCUCAGCGUUUCAUUGAAGUAGCUGGGUUAAAAGUGAUGGAAGCUCAUUGUGCACUCGAAGCAAAACCUUACGUAGAUUGGAACAAAGGGAAAGCAGCUUUGCACAUUUUAGACAAGGCCUUCGGUCGGGAUUGGAGAAAAAAACACAUUCGUAUAAUCUUUGUUGGAGAUGAUGUGGUGGACGAAGACGCCAUGAAGGCGUUGAAAGGCACGGCUGUUACAUUCCGCGUAGAUGCGUCUAAUAUAGUUGAAACCUCAGCUGAACACCGUUUACCGGACAUCGAUUCUGUGUUGAAUAUGCUGAAAUGGGUGGCAAGACAUUGCGACAAGCGAGAGCUGCGAGAAGACAGUGUCGAGAACUUAAGUGAUGGUUAAUGACUAUCAUAAGGUGAAUCGCAAAUAGUCCUGGCCAUACCUAAAAAUAAGUUUCCACAGAAUUAAUACUUGUAAAUACUAUCUAGGUACCAAUCUAUAAAGUAAUCUAACUUUCAAAUAAAAUUACUAUUUGCUGUCAAUUUGUAUAGAUAAAAUCAAUUAUGUCUCUUGUGU